GCCCCCGCCGGGCCCAUGGGCUGCGCGGCCGAGCGGGCGCUCUGAGCGCGGCGCGGGUCCCCGGGGCGGCCCGGAGGCGAGCGUGAACGAGGUCUGGCGCCAUGCCCGGGCACUCGGAGCCCUAGGCCACACCCGGGCAGUGGGAGCAGCCCCCGCUCACUCCCGGGCUCACCCCCUCCCCACUGCCCACUGCCACGCCAUGGCCGGGGACCGGCUCCCUCGGAAGGUGAUGGAUGCCAAGAAACUGGCCAGCCUGCUGCGGGGUGGGCCCGGGGGCCCCCUGGUCAUUGACAGCCGCUCCUUCGUGGAGUACAACAGCUGGCACGUGCUCAGCUCUGUCAACAUCUGCUGCUCCAAGCUGGUGAAGCGGCGCCUGCAGCAGGGCAAGGUGACCAUCGCCGAGCUGAUCCAGCCCACCUCGCGCAGCCAGGUGGAGGCCACGGAGCCGCAGGACGUGGUGGUCUAUGACCAGAGCACAAGGGACGCCAGCGUGCUGGCCGCAGACAGCUUCCUCUCCAUCCUGCUCAGCAAGCUGGACGGCUGCUUCGACAGCGUGGCCAUCCUCACAGGGGGCUUUGCCACCUUCUCCUCCUGCUUCCCCGGCCUCUGUGAGGGCAAGCCUGCUGCCCUGCUGCCCAUGAGCCUCUCCCAGCCCUGCCUGCCCGUGCCCAGCGUGGGCCUGACCCGCAUCCUGCCUCACCUCUACCUGGGCUCCCAGAAGGAUGUCCUGAACAAGGAUCUGAUGACCCAAAACGGAAUAAGCUACGUCCUCAACGCCAGCAACUCCUGCCCCAAACCUGACUUCAUCUGUGAGAGCCGCUUCCUGCGCAUUCCCAUCAACGACAACUACUGUGAAAAGCUGCUGCCCUGGCUGGACAAGUCCAUCGAGUUCAUCGAUAAAGCCAAGCUGUCCAGCUGCCAAGUCAUCGUCCACUGUCUGGCCGGCAUCUCCCGCUCCGCUACCAUCGCCAUCGCUUACAUCAUGAAGACCAUGGGCAUGUCCUCCGAUGACGCCUACAGGUUCGUGAAGGACCGUCGCCCGUCCAUUUCGCCCAACUUCAAUUUCCUGGGCCAGCUGCUGGAGUACGAACGCAGCCUGAAGCUGCUGGCCGCCCUGCAGGGCGACGGGGCGUCCCACCCUGGGACCCCGGAGCCCCUCCCGGGCCCUGCCGCCCCACUGCCGCCGCUGCCACCACCUACCUCAGAGAGUGCUGCCACCGGGAGCGCAGCGGCCACCGCCACCAGGGAGGGCGCACAGAUGGGGGGUGGGGAGACCCUCACCCCCGCCCCCGCCCCGGCCACCAGCGCGCUGCAGCAGGGCCUGCGUGGCCUGCACCUCUCCUCUGACCGCCUCCAGGACACCAACCGCCUCAAGCGCUCCUUCUCGCUGGACAUCAAGGCGGCCUACGCGCCGAGCCGGCAGCCCGACGACCCCGGGCCCCCCGACCCCGGGGAGGCCUCCAAACUCUGCAAACUGGACAGCCCAUCGGGGGGCGUGCUGAGCCUGCCCUCCCCCAGCCCCGACAGCCCGGACGCGGCGCCCGAGCCACGCCCCCGGCUCCGCCGGCGGCCCCGGCCCCUCGCCGGCUCCCCGGCGCCCGGCCUCGGCCUGAACUUCGGUGACGCCGCCCGGCAGACUCCGCGGCUCGGCCUCUCGGCCCUGUCGGCGCCCGGGCUGCCCGGCCCUAGCCAGCCGGCCGGCCCUGGCGGCUGGGCGCCACCGCUCGACUCCCCGGGCACGCCGUCCCCCGACGGGCCCUGGUGCUGCAGCCCCGAGGGCGCGCAAGGCGCAGGCGGCGCGCGGUUCGCACCCUUCGGCCGGGCCAGCGGGCCGGGCGCGGGAGGCGGCGACCUGCGGCGGCGGGAGACGGCGAGGCCCGAGGCCCGGGACGCGAGGACCGGCUGGCCCGACGAGCCGGCCCCGGAGACGCAGUUCAAGCGCCGCAGCUGCCAGAUGGAGUUUGAGGAGGGCAUGGUGGAGGGGCGCGCGCGCGGCGAGGAGCGGGCCGCCCUGGGCAAGCAGGCCAGCUUCUCGGGCAGCGCGGAGGUCAUCGAGGUGUCCUGACCGCAGCCGGGAGCGGCCCCUCCGCGGGGACCCGGCGCCCCCAGCCCUUCCGCUGCCCUCGGCUGGGCCCGCUAUAAAUACAUAUUAUAUAUAAUGCAAUGAAAGGUAAAUGGUUUUACUGCGAUUUUUAUCGAGAAGUAAAUAUUUCAAUUUUUUAUUUA